CUAGAAGCUUCUGCAGCCAUCCUCACUGUGAGUCAGGUUGACCUAAAGCAGCUUCCAAGAUGUCUCAGCAAUGUACUCUGCCGGUGACCUUGCCCCCUGCCCCCAGUAAGGAGCCCCUCAAGCCUGUUUCUCCUCCCACCAACAUCCAGCAGGAGCAAGUGAAGCAGCCAACUCCACUGCCUGCCCCAUUCCAGAAGGCACCCUCGGAGAUCCCAGGGAAGGAUCCCAUGGAGCUCGGGAAGAAACACACAACUCCUGUGAAGGAGGUGCCCAAGAAAGAGUGUGAGCCACGGCAACAGGAGCCACAGCAGCAGGAACAGGAGCAGCAGCAGCAGCAAAAGUCAGAGGAGCAAGGAAAGCCUCAGAAAGUGUCACAGGAGCAAGGAAAGCAUGUGGAACAGCUGAAACAGGAGAAGAAGGUCUUGGGCCAGCGGCUGGAUCAAGAGCUAGCAAAGAAAGAUGAGCAACUGGAAAAGAAAGGGGAGCAGCAGCUGAAGCAGUAGGAGGGGUUGCUGAAGUAGCCUCUUCUUGUCCCAACUCCUGGCCAGGUCCAAGAGACCAACCUAGUCCAACCACUGAAGGGAGAAGUCUUGACCCUAAAGAAGCAGGAGGUGUAGUGUCCCCCAAAUAUAAGUAACCACCCCUAGGGGCCCAGAGGCCCCUGGAAAUCCCACACAAGUGAAGAGAGAGCCAGUGGCCUGGCUUACCUCCAGUCCCCAACCUGGGUGGCCCACCUUAUCUGUGAACCUGCCUGACCCUGUCCUUCUGCAUGUCCCUUGGAUAGGGCUUGGCGGGGAGGGGAGCUAUUGCCCAGCACCCACCCCUGAUGAGCCCAAUCCCAACCUCAGGUGUCCAGAGCCUCUGCUUGAAGAGACAGUGACUACAGCAACUCUGACUGCAUCCCCACUACUAUUGUUGAAUCUGUGAGUGUGUACAAUAAUACAGAAUAAAUGCUGGAAGACCUGG